UCCAGGUCCAAAGCUCUCCAGCCAAGGAGAAACCUCCCAGAAUCAUGAACAGCCUGACGACAGCUCUUCUGGUGAUUUUCCUUCUAGGGCUUUCCCUUCAGCGCAUCCGAGCAGCUCCACAAGGUAUCCUGGAAGACACAACCUGCUGCAUAGGCGUCACUAAGGGACCCAUUCGUUUUAGUAACCUGAGGAGUUUCUACAGGACCUCUCCAGAGUGUAGGAGACACGCCGUGGUGUUUGUGACUCUCCAAAACAGAGAAGUCUGUGCCGAUCCAGAGGCUAAGUGGGUACAAGUUGCAAUCCGGCGCCUGAGGAAAAAGAAGUAAUUUAGCACAGCCCUUAGCAGGGCUGGACUCCCCGGGGCCUGCUGGCCCGGCUCUGUUUAUG